GCUGGGCUGGAAACGUCCAAUCAGGCAAGCAGCCGGACCGAACAGGGCGGCUUCUGGUUUGGCGGGUCCUUUGUCUCUCGGUGCAGCCGGAGCUCCAGGUCUCCUCUUCAGUACUCUGUGUCCUGUGCUCCUACAGGCCCAGCCUCUGUGGCCCUGUGACCUGCAGGUAUUGGGAGAUCCACAGCUAAGACACCAGGACCCCGGGAAGCCUAGAAAUGGGACCAUUGCAAUUUAGAGAUGUGGCCAUAGAAUUCUCUCUGGAGGAGUGGCAUUGCCUGGACACUGCACAGCGGAAUCUAUAUAGGAAUGUGAUGUUAGAGAACUACAGUAACCUGGUCUUCCUUGGUAUUGUUGUCUCUAAGCCAGACCUGAUCGCCCAUCUGGAGCAAGGAAAAAAACCUUUGACUAUGAAGAGACAUGAGAUGGUAGCCAACCCCUCAGUUAUAUGUUCUCAUUUUGCCCAAGACCUUUGGCCAGAGCAGAACAUAAAAGAUUCUUUCCAAAAAGUGAUACUGAGAAGAUAUGAAAAACGUGGACAUGGAAAUUUACAGUUAAUAAAAAGGUGUGAAAGUGUGGAUGAGUGUAAGGUGCACACAGGAGGUUAUAAUGGACUUAACCAAUGUAGUACAACUACCCAGAGCAAAGUAUUUCAAUGUGAUAAAUAUGGGAAAGUCUUUCAUAAAUUUUCAAAUUCAAACAGACAUAAUAUAAGACAUACUGAAAAAAAACCUUUCAAAUGCAUAGAAUGUGGCAAAGCUUUUAACCAGUUCUCAACCCUUAUAACACAUAAGAAAAUUCAUACUGGAGAGAAACCCUACAUUUGUGAAGAAUGUGGCAAAGCCUUUAAGUACUCCUCUGCCCUUAAUACACAUAAGAGAAUUCAUACUGGAGAGAAACCAUACAAGUGUGAUAAAUGUGACAAAGCCUUUAUUGCAUCCUCAACCCUUAGUAAACAUGAGAUCAUUCAUACUGGAAAGAAACCCUACAAAUGUGAAGAAUGUGGCAAAGCUUUUAACCAAUCCUCGACACUUACUAAACAUAAGAAAAUUCAUACUGGAGAGAAACCCUACAAAUGUGAAGAAUGUGGCAAAGCUUUUAACCAAUCUUCAACACUUACUAAACAUAAGAAAAUUCAUACUGGAGAGAAGCCCUACGUUUGUGAAGAAUGUGGCAAAGCCUUUAAGUACUCCCGUAUCCUUACUACACAUAAGAGAAUUCAUACUGGAGAGAAACCAUACAAGUGUAAUAAAUGUGGCAAAGCCUUUAUUGCAUCCUCAACCCUUAGUAGACAUGAGUUCAUUCAUAUGGGAAAGAAACAUUACAAAUGUGAAGAAUGUGGCAAAGCCUUCAUUUGGUCCUCAGUCCUAACUAGACAUAAGAGAGUUCAUACUGGAGAGAAGCCCUACAAAUGUGAAGAAUGUGGCAAAGCCUUUAAGUACUCCUCUACCCUUAGUUCACAUAAGAGAAGUCAUACUGGAGAGAAACCCUACAAAUGUGAAGAAUGUGGCAAAGCCUUUGUUGCAUCCUCAACCCUUAGUAAACAUGAGAUCAUUCAUACUGGAAAGAAACCCUACAAAUGUGAAGAAUGUGGCAAAGCUUUUAACCAGUCCUCAUCCCUUACUAAACAUAAGAAAAUUCAUACUGGAGAGAAACCCUACAAAUGUGAAGAAUGUGGCAAAGCUUUUAACCAAUCCUCAUCCCUUACUAAACAUAAGAAAAUUCAUACUGGAGAAAAACCCUACAAAUGUGAAGAAUGUGGCAAAGCUUUUAACCAGUCCUCAACCCUUAUUAAACAUAAGAAAAUUCAUACUAGAGAGAAACCCUAUAAAUGUGAAGAAUGUGGCAAAGCUUUUCACCUAUCCACACACCUUACUACACAUAAGAUACUUCAUACUGGAGAGAAACCUUAUAGAUGUAGAGAAUGUGGCAAAGCUUUUAACCAUUCUGCAACCCUUUCUUCACAUAAGAAAAUUCAUUCUGGAGAGAAACAAACCAUACAAGUGUGAUAAAUGUGGCAAAGCCUUUAUUUCACCCUCAAGCCUUAGUAGACAUGAGAUAAUUCAUACUGGGGAGAAACCCUAGAAAUGUGAAGAAUGUGGCAAAGCCUUCAAGUGGUCCUCACACCUUACUAUACACUGAGAGUUCUGAACUUACUCUGUAACCAUCCCAAACUCCUCCCAGGCACAGUCUGGCAGAGGUCCUGCCAUUUCGGAGACCUGGAGGAAGUGGCCCAUUUACAGCCAUGUAGGCAGGCCUGCAGACCUUGGCCUUUACUACGGUACCUGAAGUGGUUCAAUGACUCACUUUCAGUUACCUGAGCCACAGCUUAAGGUCAGUUCUGCCUAUAUAGAAACCCACACAGUUAACCUGAGGAAAUGCUCUCUGGUACUCACUGAAAGCCAUACUCAUCCACAUCCUGAUACAAGGCCCACCAUAUGCAGACCUGACUGCCAAAACAUGCCCUAGUGUCUGCCCUACAGAGCAAAGUCCUGAAGGAUAUUUAGUCUGUCCAAAACUAAAAUGAAGAUUUCAACUCCCCAACCCCCUCUAACAAGCCAGCUAAAGGUGGACUAUAGUGCAGACCCAGCAACCUUGUGACCAAGCUAAAACCCCUCAUCACUACAAAUUCAGAGGGCAUCUCAUCACCCUAAGAAGAUCUUUACCUUCUAAAAUCAGUUUAUGAAAACUUGAAAAGGUGUUUGCUCCAUCAAAUUCAGACACUAGUACAAAACUAUAUUGUGCCCAUUGUCUGGUUCUAUUUUAAUGUAGCACUGGAAGUGUGUGGCAGAAGAAUUAGUCAAAGAAAUAAAAAUAGCCAUUGAAAUUGAAGAAAAAUAAAA